UGACUCCAUCGCUCCACCGCUCCGGGCUUUGGCAGCAUUGUCCCCUCUGCUCGGUGUGUGUGUGUGUGUGUGUGAGUGUGUGUGUGUGUGUGUGUGACCCGGACCCUGGACCACCGCACCCCGUCAUGGACCCGGGACCCGGCCCCGCUCCGCCGGCCCUGAGCGCUGACCCCGCGCUGUCCCCGUAGCGUCCGCACGCUGAGCUGGUCCACGCUGGUCUCUGCGAACCACCAGCCACUGGAGCACUGGAGCACUGGGAGCAGUCACUGGAAGUAGCACUGGGAGCACUGGGAGGAGCACUGGGAGCAUAAGGAGCACAUGAGCGCAGUGCGGGUGGGGAUCACUAACGGGGAGGCGAUGUGGGGAGCCGGGCGGAGGCUCGGGGCCCAGCCCUGAGGAGGCGUCCUGCGGCUGGGAGGAGCGCGGCCCCUCCUCUGGCCCUCCUGCGGCGCUCCGGGACGCUCCUACUAAGAUGUCCCUCAGCAGCGGCCCUGCAGGCGGGAAAGGUGUGGACUCCAACGCGGUGGACACGUACGACAGCGGCGAUGAGUGGGAUAUCGGCGUGGGCAAUCUGAUCAUCGACCUGGACGCCGACCUGGAGAAGGACAAGCUGGAGAUGUCGAGCAGUAAAGAGGGAGGGGCCAUGGCCGCCCCCCCCGGCGCCGUGGCUGCUUUACCGGACAAUAUCAAGUUCGUUAGCCCCGUAGCCGCCGCGCAGGGCAAAGACAGCAAAUCCAAAUCCAAACGUAGUAAGAACUCUAAGGAGAGCAUUAAGGCCCCGGUCUCAGACGGGGCCAAGAAAGAGGUUCGGGGUCGGGCCCCCGGGGACCCGCCACCCCCGAACCCCAACUCUACCACCCCGACCAAGGGGACCGACAAGUCUAGUAAACCCUCCCGUCCCCUCCCCGCUGUGAAAAAGGACAAAGACGGGCUUUCUGGGAAAACUAAGAAGGACAAAAUGGAGGUUGUGGCGCCCGGAGUGGUCGGCGCCGAAAAAGAGACCGUGGCCCCCCUCCCGCAGGCAGGGGCCCCUCGCAGCAGCCCCUUCGAGGGCCAGCAGAACCCCGAGGACGCAGCGGAGCAGCUCGGGAACAUGGAGCUGGAGCUGGAGUUGGCUGGGAUUGGACAGCCCGUCGCCAUGACGACAGAGCAAGAGGAGGUGGACAACGGCGAAUGCCGAAAUGUGAAGAAAGUGGUGGUCGUGAAGAUGGAGUCUCCGGUCUCCACCCCGGCUCCUCCUCCUCUCCACCUCCUCGCCCCCGUCGUCGUCAACAGCGACAUCUCGUCUCCCUGCGAGCAGAUCAUGGUCCGAACGCGCUCGGUGGCGGUGAACACGGCGGACACGGCGCAGGCGACGGAGCCGGAGUGCCUGGGGCCCUGUGAGCCAGGCACCAGCGUCAACCUGGAGGGCAUCGUGUGGCAGGAGACGGAGGACGGUAUGCUGGUCGUCAACGUCACCUGGAGGAACAAGACGUACGUGGGAACCCUGCUGGACUGCACCCGCCACGACUGGGCCCCCGAGGUAACGGCUGAACGCCACACACAGGAUCGGUUCUGCGAGUCUCCGACCAGCGACGUGGAGAUGCGUAGCGGGCGCGGUCGGGGGAAGAGGAUGCGUCCCAGCAGCAACACGCCGCUGAACGACAACAGCAACUCCUCAGACAACAGGGGCAGCGGCGGCGGAGGCAAGACGCGCGGCGCCGCUGCCAACAGCAAAGGACGGAGAGGCAGCCAGACGGCCGGCGCCGCCGAGGACGCCAAGGCCAGCCCGUCCUCCGCCAAGAGGAAGACCAAGCCCACCUCCGACAUGGAGCCCACCUCCAGCUCGGAGGACACCAAGGCCUCCAAGCGAAUGAGAACCAACUCCACCGGCGCCGUGCUCCCCGUCCCCGGAGGUAAAUCUGACCCCCUGCCCCCGCAGCUGGACCGGACCUGCCUCCCCGUGCUCAUCGACUGCCCUCACCCCAACUGCAACAAGAAGUACAAGCACAUCAACGGGCUCAAGUACCACCAGGCCCGAGCCCACAACGACCACGACGUCCGAUUGGACCAGGACGGCGACAGCGAGUACGGGGACGACCCCGCCCUCCACCCCGACCCCGCCUCCUGCAACGGCGCCGCUGUCUCCCCCGCCCGCUCCACCACGCCGAAGGGACGGGGUUUUGACGCGCCGUCCCCGUCGCCGGGGAGGCUGAAGGGGAAGAAGAAGGCGGGAGAGGCGGAGCCCGAUGUGACUGACGGCGGCGAGGAGGCGGGGUGCUUGACGGACGACGCCAGCAACGACGGCAUGGACGACAGGAAGUCGAAGAAGAUGGCGGCCGGGGGCAAAGCUGAUAAACUGACCCCGAAAGGCCUGAAGCAGGGCCGCCCCCACCGCCAACGCCUCACCCUACGCCCUGCGGCGUCCUCCCCGCUGGGCUCAGUGGUACAGCCCGUCCCCAAGAGCCCCCAGAUGAAGAACAUGCAGCCCAAACCCCCCCCUCUAUCUGACCCCGCCUCCAGCCCCACCCUCGCCAAGGACAAGAAGAAGAAGGACAAGAAGAAGAGGGAGGGAGGGAAGGAGGGGGACAGUCCGAAGGGUAAAGGGGGGCCGGAGGAGGGGAAGAGCCCGUACUCUGACUCGUCCGACGCUUUGCUCAACGGCUCCUCAGAAGCCCACCAGAGCCGUCUGGCCAGCAUCAAGGCCGAGGCCGACAAGGUGUACAGCUUCUCGGACAACGCGCCCAGCCCGUCCAUCGGCGUGGCCAGCAGGAUGGAGGCCGGCCUCGGGCCCAACCAGAACGGAGCCGAGACCGGCAGCCCCGCCUACUCCGACAUCUCCGACGCCGGGGAGGACGGGGAGGGGAAGUCGGAGGGGGUGAAGGUCAAAACCGAACCCGACCAGGGCCCUCGUGAGGGGGCCAAGAAGGCCCUGUUCCCCCCUCAGGCUCCCAGCAAGGAGUCCCCGUACUACCCCAACUACGACUCCUACUACUCCCCCAACUACCCCAACCCCAGCCCCGGUGCGGCACCGGCAGCCCCGCCUCACGUGGAAGGAGCUCAGGUGAAGGUGAAGAAGGAGGAGGAGCCGGAGGUCGUGGAGGAGCUGAAACUGAAGGUGGAGCCUCAGGAGGAGAGGAAGCUGGAGCCGGGGCCCCAGCAGCCGUCGGUCAUCCAGCAGCGCUCCAACAUGUACGCCCAGCCGCUCUACUACAACCAGUACUACGUCCCCCCCUACUCCUACUCCCCCGACCAGGCCUACCACGCCCACCUGCUGGCCUCUAACCCCGCCUACCGCCAGCAGUACGAGGACCGGCAGCGGCUGGUCGACAGGAAGGCCGAGGGCAAAGAGCGGGAGGCCUGUGGGAAGGAGGAGUGGAAGCAGAAGGCCUCGGGGCCCCCCACCCUGUCCAGAGCCCCCAGCCUCACAGACCUGGUCGCCAAGGGGGGGCUGAACCCCACCAAGCCCAAAGAGCCCUCGCCGGCUGGGGAACAGUCCAAAUCGGUCAUCAUGGUGAAGGGGGAGGACCAGAAGGCCCCCGCCCCGCAGCCCGAGGGUCUGAAGAUGAAGCUGAGCGAAGCCGGGCAUCAUGGGAAAGAGGAGGCCAAGCCGGGGUUGGAGCCAGGCAGGCCGGCGGGUGUAGAGCCCGCCAUGUGGUACAGACAGGAGCCGGACUCGCGCCUGUGGCCGUACGUCUACCCCAACAAAUACUCUGAAGCUCCCAAACCGCAGGAGGAGGACCGGUGGAAGGAGGACCGGGAGAGGGAGCGCGACAGGAAAGGGAAGGAGGAGAGGCCGCGGCCCAAGGAGGGUCUCCAGAAGGAGGAGGCGGCCAAGGAGGGGGCGGAGGGCCGGACUCAGCUGCCUCCAGAGGAGCACCGGGGGGGAGGGAAGGAGGCGCGUCCCCCACACAUGCAGUUCUCCUCCCCCAUGGCCCAGCACCACCAGGGCUACAUGCCCUACAUGCACGGACCGUACGCAUACAGCCACGGCUACGAGCCCUCACACCCCGGCUACCGGGGCAUGCCCUCCGUCAUGAUGCAGAACUACCCGGGUUACCUGCCGGCCGGGUACUCCUUCCCGUCCUACGGGGGUAAGGUGUCGGGGGAGGAGGUGGAGAAGCCCUCCAGGUCCAGUCCCACGGUGAAGCCGCCCGGCGAGGCCAAAGCUCUGGACCUGCUGCAGCAGCACGCCAGCCAGUACAAGAGCAAAUCCCCGUCCAUCCAGGACAACAAGACCCCCCACGACCGGGAGAGGGACCGGGACAGAGACAGAGACCGGGACCGAGAGGGAGACCGUCCGCGGUCCUCCCCGUCACAACGCAUGCUGCCUUCCCAUCACCACCUGGGCUACCCGCUGCUGUCGGGACAGUACGACCUGUCCUACGCCUCAGGCCUCUCGUCCUCGGCCAUCGUUGCCAGUCAACAAGCGUCCGCUCCGUCCAUGUACCCCCCCGCACGGAGGUGAGACCGGCACACGUGAUUGGCUGACCUCCAUCCAGAGUCAUGUGACUGGAUCACAUGAGGAAGCGUUUCUGUUUUCAACAUCAGUUCAAUGGUGUUUGUGUACGUUUGAUUUCUCUGCCUGGACGUUCAACCGGCAGCCGCCCCCCC